UAACUAACUUCUUAUUUUAUUUGCAUUUCAGAUUUACUAUUCAAGAUGGAGGAGGAGAGGGAAAGCGUUUCGAAACAAAAUGAACAAUCAGACAAUUAUUCUAAUAUUGUGUCAGGCGUCAUUCACGAAUACGAUGUAAUUGACAGCGAGAAUGAUAAUGGAGACCAAAUUAUAAAUGAUUCCGAGUCAAAUGCACAGCGACCCAUUGUCAAAGACGGAGGCUGCAAUGGUGGUCAAGCCCCAGUAGAAGAAAUCAGUAGCAGACAUAGGUUGUCCAGCUCCGAGAGGUCCCAUACAUUGGCAGAGGAUAAAAUUGAAGUAAUUUCCUGCCCUAAAGUCAACUGCCCAGAGAAAAUUAUAUUUUGUAUUGAUGCCAGUGUUGAAAUGGAGAAGAUGACUUUUAGAUCAAGAGCUGGAGACAAGUUGAGUCCAAAGCAACUGGUGAAGAAAGGACUAGCAAUGUUUCUACAAAGUAAAGCCAGGAUUGAUAGGAAGCAUGAGUUUGCUCUCAUAUUGAUGCAAGAAACUGCGAUAUGGGUUAGAGACUUCACUCGUAACCCUCGGGAUAUACAGUUAGCCCUGGAUGACAAUCUGGACCCACCGUUCUGUGAAACCUGUGAUAUGGGAUCAGUUUUUGACAAAAUAGCAGACAAGGUUGAGCUACCUCACAUUGAAGGCAAUCCGGAGAUAAUACCACCACCUUACACAGUACGACUUGUAUUUAUCUACGGAAGAUCACAUUGUGUACUCGAGUUUCCAAAGAAAGAGAGUUAUAAUAUCCUAAAUCUGUCACCACAUUUUUUCCUUGAUGCUUUAUAUCUACACGAGCCUCCAUCACAGGAAAAUAAAUGCCAGGAAGUGUUUGACACAGUCUGUGAUCUUGACAUAAAAGGACUUUCAUACAUUCUUGGAGCAAGCCGGAACCCAACAAAAGUGUAUGACUCCAUGGCACAGCUGCUUGCCCAUCCAUUACAGAGGCCAGUACAAAAUGAUGCAGCAUAUAGAAUAGGCUCUUCAAUACCAACUAUACCUGUGCCUGAAAAUGGAUGAUAGUUUUUGUUUGGUUGUAUAGAGUGCAAGAAGCCAGUCAUGUGUUCAUUCAUCAUACCUUAGUGCUAAGUUCUUUUUGUUUGUCCAUUAUUUGUGUAAUUUAAUUUAUGUUUGCCCAUUGAAGAGUUAAUAUGACAUUUCUGAGUUUGCCUGCCAUAUGUUACAUGUAACAUAGAUGAAAAGUGGACAUUCCCAGUCCAUCAUAGAUAACAGAAUGGAAAACCUCAGUUUUGAGAGUAAUUUGGAAUCGUUAAUAUCCAUGAGGACUAAUUUCAAAUUUCAUCUAAGUAUAGACAACUUUAACUGUAUGCUGGGAUUCAAUUUCAUGGUUUGGAAGAAAUUUGCAAUAUUUAAAUCUUAUGUACUGAUAAAAUUCUAAUUAAAUUUAAUUUUAGAAAUUGAAAUAAUCAAUUCAUAGCUGAAUAAAAUGUGUUUUGUGCUAACCAUAAACUUCAUGGUAAUAGGAUCUAGUGAUUUUACAGUAAUUAGAUAGUUAUUUCAUAAAAUAUUAAGAGUGGAGAUUACCUCAUCAGUACCUAGUAUUAACUUUGUGUUCAAGAUCAUGUCUACAGAUUCAAUGUUAGUGCUGUACAUAUUGAGAAUGAAAUUACUGUGUCCAUCAUGAACGAACUUUCUUGCUGGUGGGUGCUGUAACAUGUAUAUACAGGUCAUGUGUCGAGGAAAGCUCUUAUUUCUAAUACAACUAGAGUAUUUAUCGUCUAUAUCUUGCAACAGUUUUAGAACUUUUUAUUGAGGUACCAACAUGAAAGGUACAUGUAUUUCUGAAAUUUUUAUUUUUAAGGUACUGACCACCUUUUCAUUACCUUGUUCCUCCGAAGCAGUUCAUGUCUCGGUUACAGCAUUUAAACGAUUCAAGGAAUUCCAAUGAAACUUUACACAAAUGACAAGAAGGUGUGUCAUACGCAGGAUUGAUAUUUUUACAUUCAAGCUGACAGGCAAACAUGCUCCAAGAGCAUACUUCGUUAAGUUGCAACAUCUUUUGUUAAAAGCAAAUUAGAAUUUGGAAAAAAAUACUUAUGAAAUUGUAGAGGCACUUGAAAAUCAUGAUGUAAGUAAAUUGUUGAAUGUAUUUGAUAACUACAAGUUUGACUUUCUCAAGGAUAAGAAGGGUUAUUGCACUUGUUCUGCUAUUCACAUUGCUUUCAGUUUAAAAUUUGAUGGUUCUCAGUUUCAUUGUAUCAUCAGUUUAAGACCAUACAUUGAUAUUUGCCAAAUUUAGAUUGCCAGUACAAAGUGGAUAGAGAGCUAAGCCACUUCGCCUGGUAUCUAUAUUUGCUUGUGUAAAAUUCAUACAUUUCAAUACAAAAUACCAGUGCAACUAUGAAGAGUUGUUUUAAAAUGUAAGCUAUACUUGUUAUUCAUUAUUAUAGGGUCACUAGUUCUGGGCUUGUUUUUAGCUCACCUGUCACAAAGUGACAAGGUGAGCUUUUGUGAUCGCGUGGCGUCCGUCGUCCUUCGUCCGUCCGUGCGUGCGUGCGUGCGUUCGUGCCUGCGUAAACUUUUGCUUGUGACCACUCUAGAGGUCACAUUUCUCAUGGGAUCUUUAUGAAAGUUGGUCAGAAUGUUCAUCUUGAUGAUAUCUAGAUCAAGUUCGAAACUGGGUCACGUGUGGUCAAAAACUAGGUCAGUAGGUCUAAAAAUAGAAAAACCUUGUGACCUCUCUAGAGGCCAUAUUUUUCAUGAGAUCUUCAUGAAAAUUGGUCAGAAUGUUUACCUUGAUGAUAUCUAGGUCAAGUUCGAAACUGGGUCACGUGGGAUCAAAAACUAGGUCAGUAGGUCUAAAAAUAGAAAAACCUUGUGACCUCUCUAGAGGCCAUAUUUCUCAAUGGAUCUUCAUGAAAAUUAGUCAGAAUGUUCACCUUGAUGAUAUCUAGGUCAAGUUCGAAACUGGGUCACGUGCGGUCAAAAACUAGGUCAGUAGGUCGAAAAAUAGAAAAACCUUGUGACCUCUCUAGAGGCCAUAUUUCUCAAUGGAUCUUCAUGAAAAUUGGUCAGAAUGUUCACCUUGAUGAUGUCUAGGUCAAGUUCGAAACUGGGUCAUGUGGGGUCAAAAACUAGGUCAGUAGGUCUAAAAAUAGAAAAACCUUGUGACCUCUCUAGAGGCCAUAUUUCUCAAUGGAUCUUCAUGAAAAUUGGUCAGAAUGUUCACCGUGAUGAUAUCUAGGUCAAGUUUGAAACUGGGUCACGUGCAGUCAAAAACUAGGUCAGUAGGUCUAAAAAUAGAAAAACCUUGUGACCUCUCUAGAGGCCAUAUUUCUCAAUGGAUCUUCAUGAAAAUUGGUGAGAAUAUUCACCUUGAUAAUAUCUAGGUUAGGUUCGAAACUGGGUCACGUGCGGUCAAAAACUAGGUCAGUAGGUCGAAAAAUAGAAAAACCUUGUGACGUCUCUAGAGGCCAUGUUUCUCAAUGGAUCUUCAUGAAAAUUGAUCAGAAUGUUCCUCUUGAUGAUAUCUAGGCCAAGUUCGAAACUAGGUCACGUGCGGUCAAAAACUAGGUCAGUAGGUCUAAAAAUAGAAAAACCUUGUGACCUCUCUAGAGGCCAUAUUUCUCAAUGGAUCUUCAUGAAAAUUAGUCAGAAUGUUCACCUUGAUGAUAUCUAGGUCAGAUUCAGAAGUGGGUCACGUGCCUUCAAAAACUAGGUCAUUAGGUCAAAUAAUAGAAAAACCUUGUGACCUCUCUAGAGGUCAUAUUUUUCAAUGGAUCUUCAUGAAAAUUGGUCAGAAUUUUUUAUCUUGAUGAUAUCUAGGUCACAUGUGCUCAAAAACUAGGCCACUAUGUCAAAUAAUAGAAAUAACGACGUCGUUCUCAGUUCAACACUGGGUCAUGUGGGGAUAGGUGAGCGAUUCAGGACCAUCAUGGUCCUCUUGUUUGCUUAUCUUACAGCUGCAUAUUUCCAAUUUUGAAAAAAAAAUUCUCCCAAAUUUGAAACAAAAAUUUUUGUAUGAAAAAAAGAAAAAAGGAAAUGUCUUUCUCUGCAAAUAAGUUAUAAAGAAGUAUAAUUGAAUUUGUCUUUGUAGCCACCUGUAUUUUUUCAGCCACUUGCCCUAAGCAGCCAGUAAUCCAACUUUCCAUAUUCACUUUUUUUUCUUAUUUCAACUGGCUUAAGCAACCACUUGCCUCAAGCAGCCAGAUUUUAUCUCUUCCUUGGCUGGCUACUUAAUACAAGUUUGUCUGUAUAAUCCACUUCCAGUUGAAACAUGAUUUUACAAACGACAGUUUUAAUAAAAGUAUUGGAGAUGGCAGUACAGAAAGCUGAAAGCAACGAACACAAUAUGAAGAUUGUAAUUCCUAUAUGCAUGAAAAGUUUCUUCUGAUGAUUUGGCAGAAGAUGUGUUAAAACAAGAAUGUGGCCAUUUACUUGAGUAGGGAAGAACAAACUGUUUUAUAAUACAAAUUGUUUUAUAAUAGAAAUAUUGUGGAAGGCCAUAUGAAACCGGUGGCAAAAGUAAUUGUACCCCCCGACAACAAAGUUGUAAGGGGGGGUAUACUGGUUUCAGGUUGUCUGUCUGCCUGUCUGUCCGUAGACGCAAUCUUGUGCGCACCAUCUCUCCUUAUCCCCUUGACAGAAUUUAAUGAAACUUCACACAAGUGAUCAGUACCAACAGUAGUUGUGCAUGGGGCAUGUUAGGUUCUUUUAGAAAAAAAAUUUGCAGAGUUAUGGGACUUUGUUUUUUUUGU